AUGCAAACUAUAAGAUACUACACAACUAAAAGUAUCAAUGACUUAUUCAAAGAUUCGAUGUCCCGAAUUGCAAGUCAAGCAAUGAUAUUGACAGCCGGAGUUCCUAAACUAGAUACUUCACCAAUAUUACAUGGGCUGACAUUAAGUUCAGUGUGUUCAUUAUCAGUAUACCCCAAUCCAUUAUUACAAUUUAAUCUACAUUUACCAAGUUAUACAUCAUCUACAUUACAUGACAAUGGGCUUGUUGCUAUACAUGUGAUGAAACCAACAGCUAAAGGUAGUAACAUAGGGAGAAUAUUCGCUAAAGGAGUUAAAAGAAACGAUGGGAAGAUUAUAUCCAAAGGUGAGAAUAAAGAUGGAGAGAUAUUUCAUGAAAUGACUACACCUUUCCAAAGUAUUGAUAAAAAAGAUUGGGAAUUCCAUGAAGUAGGUAAUUUUAGACUACCAAUUUUAAAUGAUAGCGAGAGAAUAUUCAUUUGUGAAAAGAAUAAAGUUUUCAAUGUUGAAAAUCAUGAAAUAUGGAUAGUUAAAGUUGUUGAUAUAAUAAGUAAAUCAACCAUUAAAACUGGAGGUUUAUUAUAUUUUAAUCGUAGAUUUCAUCAUAUAGGACAUUCAAUUAAUGAAUAA